AUGGAUUCGGCCACCUUUACAUCAGAUGAUGUCUUGCCAUCUGAUAAACAAGGCUCCUUUGACGGCCAAGAACCUCAUAAAACUCGUUCUAGCUCAUUGUCUAUUCAUUCAGAAAACUCAGAGUCACAGGAGUCGCGCACAAAGGAGAAAAAUGAUGUCUGUUCUGAGCUGGAUGGCCUGGACCAAAGCGCUGUCGACCCUCAGAACACAGCAGAACUCGGCAUAUCAAGAACGCAGUCCAGAGCUUCAUCCACUCGUGCGAGGCCUGCUGUGAUUGUUCCGCGCAGUGACCGUCGUGGUCUGUUGAGUCGUUUCACUAUUUUACCAGAGGUUGUGAAUCCGUACGAUUAUGCAAGGGGAACAAAAUGGGGCAUCACGGCGACGAUUGCCGUCGCGACUGCUGCCGCACCGCUUGGCUCCUCAAUUUUCUAUCCUGCCUUGAACACCAUAUCUGAGGAGUUUCACACCACUUCGACUAUAACCAAUUUAGCUGUUGCCAUGUACAUGGUAGCCAUGUCAAUAUUCCCCAUCUGGUGGUCGGCAUUUUCCGAGGAGUUUGGGCGCCGGUCCAUCUACCUGACAUCUUUUACACUCUUUGUUCUUUUUUCCAUUGCAAGCGCGCUGAGCGUUGACAUUUCCAUGCUGAUCGUUAUGCGUAUCGGUGUGGGUGGUGCCUCUGCAAGCGUGCAAGCCGUCGGCGCUGGAACCAUUGCUGACAUCUGGGAGCCAAGGGAGCGCGGCCUCGCCAUGAGCAUGUUUUACCUCGGCCCUCUGCUUGGUCCUUUGUUCGCGCCAAUCAUUGGUGGUGCACUGUCGCAGGCGUUUGGUUGGAAGUCUACCAUGUGGUUUUUAGCCAUUUACGGCGGCGUCAUUGUCAUAAUGCUGACCCUCCUUCUUCCUGAGACUUUGGCUCGAGAGGCGCCACCACCCAGCGACACUGCUCCGCUCACACGAUUGUCGACGAGAGAAUCGACAAAACUGCACACUAAAAGAUUCGCGAGUAGUAUCAACCGUUUUAUUUUCGCUCCUCUCAAGGUUUUGCUAUUUCUGCGUUUCCCGCCCGUCCUCAUUACGGUCAUCCUUGCCGCAUUUGCCUUCGGCAGUCUCUUCGUCAUGAACAUUACUGUGCAGCAACAGUUCGCGAAGCCGCCGUACUCGUACCCACAACUCACAGUUGGUCUGCUUUAUAUUCCAUCUGGACUUGGGUACAUAGUUGGCUCUCUGCUGGGUGGCCGCUGGUUGGACUACAUCAUGGCGCGAGAGGCUGCGAAGGCAAAGCGCUACAACGAUAAGGGAAAACUAAUAUAUCUUCCCGAAGACCGUCUGCGCGAGAAUGCCUGGAUUGCUGUGACAGUGUAUCCUUGCGGCCUGCUCUUGUUCGGAUGGACCAUCAACUACGGCGUCAUGUGGCUUGCCCCAGCUGCGGGAGCGUUCAUUUUCGGAAUCACGUCUAUGCUCGUUUUUUCGGCAGCAACAACCAUGCUUACGGAGUUCAUCCGUAAAAAGAGUUCGGCAGGUGUUGCUGUGAACAAUUUCGUGCGUAAUCUCCUCAGUUGCAUCGGCACCGUUGUCGCUGCGCCGUGGCUAAAUGCCAUUGGACCUGGUUGGGUAUUUACCGCGACAGCCCUUUUUUGUAUGGUCAUCAGCUACACCUGUGUUUUCUUGCUCCAGCGCAAUGCCCCAAAGUGGCGCGCGGUCAUGGAGAAGGCACUCGCUGAAACAACAUAA